AUAAGUCCAUCUAUGCCCACCUCAUGAUUCACUUCUCCAUUUCCAAUACAGAGAGCUCUCCAGAGAGAGAGAGAGAGAGAGAGAGAUGGGGAGUGAGAUAAAGGAGAAGCUUCUGGAGAUUCGCAAUGGCGAAGAAGAAGGAGAAGAAGAGAAGGGGAUAUGGAGGAGAGUGAAGGAGGAGAACAAGAAGCUCUGGGUAGUCGCCGGUCCGGCGAUCUUCGCCCGAUUCUCCAUUUUCGGAGUCAGCGUCAUCACCCAAGCCUUCAUCGGCCACAUCGGCUCGAUCGAGCUCGCCGCCUUCGCUCUCACCUCCACCGUCCUCCUCCGCUUCGCCAAUGGCAUCCUGAGAUGGACCAUGGUGGUGACAUUUAAUUUGUCCAGGGAUAAAAAGCUGGGCAUGGCGAGCGCACUGGAGACGCUCUGCGGGCAAGCCUUCGGCGCCGGACAAAGGCACAUGCUCGGCAUCUACCUCCAAAGAUCAUGGGUCGUCCUCUUGGCUUGCGCCGUUGUUCUCCUCCCUCUCUUCAUCUUCACCGCUCCCAUCCUUCGCCUCCUCGGCCAAGAAAACUCCAUUGCAUCCAUGGCCGGCACCAUCUCUCUCUGGUUCAUCCCCAUCAUCUUCUCCUACGUUUUCUACUUCACCUUCCAAAUGUACCUGCAGGCCCAGAGCAAGAACAUCAUCAUCGCCUACUACGCUGCCAUCUCGCUUGCUGUCCAUAUCUUGCUUUCUUGGUUCCUUGUGUCCAAGCUCUCGUUUGGGCUUCCGGGGGCCAUGAGCACACUCAUUGUGGCAAUCUGGAUCCCGAACAUAGGCUUGUUUGUGUAUGUGGCGUGCGGCGGAUGCCCUGAAACUUGGACCGGCUUUUCAUUGAGUGCCUUCCGCUCGUUGUGGCCUGUUGUUAGGCUCUCAUUGUCUUCCGGUGCUAUGAUCUGUUUGGAACUUUGGUACAACACCAUUCUGAUACUACUAACAGGACAUAUGAAAGAUGCUGAGGUAGCCAUUGACGCACUGUCUAUCUGCCUCAAUAUCAAUGGGUGGGAGUUGAUGAUAUCUCUUGGUUUCUUGUCGGCUUCAGGUGUGAGGGUGGCAAAUGAGCUUGGAGCAGGAAGUGCAAAGAGAGCAAAAUUUUCGAUUGUUGUUGUUGUGAUCACCUCACUGCUCAUCGGGGCAAUACUCUUUGUAAUGUUCCUUGUCUUCAGAGGCAAUAUAGCAUAUUUCUUCACGGAGAGUCCAGAAGUAGCUGCAGCAGUUGCUGAUCUUUCUCCCUUGCUUGCUUUCUCCAUUCUGCUUAACAGCAUCCAACCAGUACUUUCUGGGGUGGCUGUUGGAGCUGGCUGGCAAAGUGUGGUUGCUUAUGUUAAUGUGGCUUCUUAUUACCUUUGUGGGAUUCCCCUUGGAGUUGUGCUUGGUUACUUGAUAGGUUAUCGAGUUAAGGGGAUCUGGAUUGGGAUGUUGAUUGGCACUGCCAUUCAGACUUUUGUUCUCAUUUGGAUUACUUGGAGAACAGAUUGGGACAAACAGGUAAUGUUAGCUCAAACACGAGUUAACAAAUGGCUCUUGCCAUCAUCCAAAGAAUCUAAUAUUGUUAAAGAAGAAGAUGUGUGAUCAAUUAAAGCAGAAAUUCUAGUUUACACACUCAGUGUAUUGCGCUAAAAUUGUUGGAUAUGUGCCAUAAAUCAAUGCUUCGAAUUAAUUUAGUUGUCAUGUAAUACAUAUUCAAUGGUUUCGCGCAAUACUUUUGUGUGGAGGUAAAAGUAUCUCCAAGAUAAAAGCCAGAUCAGAUAAGCGAGCUCAAUGAGAUUCAUGAGAGAGCUUCAACUUUCAGUAAACCUACUCUGUAUCUCUAUUGUACGUAUAGUUAAAUGUAAUUUUUUGCCCCAAAUUAUGUAUGGUGGCCAUGCUAAUGCAUGCAUUAUGUAUUAUGAUUUGCAAGACCAGUUCAAGAAGCAAAUUGUAAAAUAAUGUUAGUA